AUGAAUUUAUUAUCAUAUUAUGGGAUAGGACAAUCUGCAAAAGAAAUUCGACAAUUUAAUACUGAUGAUACAGAAGUCAUUGCUGAAGGAACUUUAGAAAUUGAGAAAACUCUGGAUUUGUCAAGAUUUUUGCAAACAUCAAGGAAUGAAGAAGAUAAUAAUAGGGAAUUGGAAAGUAAGCUAGUAGAUUUGGAAGUUUUAAUCAAGAGGAAGAUUAUAAUCCAGCUGAACUAG